AGGAUCAGGUAAAGUCAAAGCGGAAAGAUGUGAUUCAAAAGAAUAAAGCUUUUAUUCCGAGAGAGUCUCCUCGGGUUGUGGUUCCUCCUAGCACAUACCCAUUGGUUAGUGAUACUAUUUUGCAGUCACUAACUGAAGAUUUAUUGGAGCUACAUGAGAUGCUAGAGUGGUAUGAGCCAGAGGUGUGUAAAUUCUCUAUUGCUUUACCUGUUGAUGCUUUUCACUAUCCGCAAAACAGUGAAUUUGGGACUAUCAUCGAUCGUAAAGACUUGGCUGAACUACUCGAGGGUGAUUCUGUGGAUAUGUGCAUCAUUCAAUCCUUUGCAUUAUUUCAUUGGAUUUUGAUAGUCAUUUGCCCCUCGGUUAAUAAAGGCUAUAUCUUCAAUUCAAUCCCAAGCUUUUCUAAUAUCAGCAUUCAGAAAGAUCUAGCAUUAGCAUACAGAGUUGCUUCCGCAAGAAAUGGUGAUGGAAAGCCAAUCACAUGGCAUAAUGUUAAGUGUGCCAGACAAAACGGAAACACAGAAUGCGGAUAUUAUACCAUGCGAUACAUAUGGGAAGUGAUUUCGUAUGUUGAUAGCUUUGAUAUUGGAAAGG